CUUGGUUCUUGGACCAGAGAUUUGAUGGCAAGAGUGGAUCACUUCGGCACCUGGGCUGCCACAGUCAAACCACCAUUGUUCUUCUGGCUCAGCGCUUACACGUUCCCUACAGGGUACCUUACAGCUGUUCUCCAAACAACAGCACGUGCAACACAGGUACCAAUCGACACCUUAAGUAGGGAGUUUGAUGUGUUGACAGUGGACGAGAACACAAUACAAACCACCCCUGAAACCGGAGUGUACGUCAAAGGAUUGUAUUUAGAAGGUGGUGGAUGGGACAAGAAAAUGGCGUGUUUGAUUGAGCCUCAACCAAUGCAACUGGUUGUGCCAAUGCCUUUGAUAAAUUUCAAACCGAUGGAGGUACUCAAAAAGAAGACUAAAGAGUUGUAUCAAUGUCCAACUUACUAUUUCCCAAUAAGAACAGGAGUACAAAACAGGCCGGCGUUUGUUGUGGCGGUUGAUUUGAAAAGUGGAGGAGAAUUUGCAGAUUUUUGGACCAAAAGGGGCACUGCUUUACUUCUAAGUUUGGCAAAUUAA